AUGGAACUGGAUAUUAUGUGGCCUGUCAAAAUGAGCCUUGUGGAUAUUACCAAGAUAUUUUCCAUGUUCCAGCCAACCGAUGAAGAUGAUAAUGGAGAAAGAAGUCGGUUAAACCAAGCAAUUUUCAACAAUGAUGACAAACUACUAGCUGAACUUUUAUCCCAGGAAAAGUACAGGAGAUUUAUCAAUAGCCGAAGUGGGUGGGGUGUUCCAGUAACCCCUCUACGUCUAGCAGCUACCCGGGGUCACCUGAAAUGUCUGGAGGUCCUCCUAGCCCAUGGUGCUGAGGUGGAUAGUUUAGACGUGAAAGCUCAAACACCUUUAUUCGCUGCUGUCAGUGGUAAGCAUUUAGAUUGUGUCCAAGCCUUGCUAAGGGCUGGAGCUAAUCCUAAUGGUAGUAUGUAUAACAACAGCUCGCCUCUUUUGAUUGCUGCCAGAGAAGGGGAUGUGGAGAUUUUAAAGGAACUGUUGGAUCAUGGAGCAGAAGUCAAUGUUCGCUCCAAGAUGCCGAAUUGGGCCUACAAUCCCUGUGCUAGCAGUGGUCCUCUCUACCUUGCUUUGGUUUAUGGACACUUUGACUGCUUUCGUCUUCUUCUUCUCUAUGGAGCCAAUCCAGAUUUUAACUGCACUGAGGAAAAACUACUGUCUAGAAUUAAAUCACCAAAGACUGCUCUGGAGAUGUGUUUUAAAUAUGGCUGUGGAACUGAGUAUGUUCAGCUGCUCAUAGACUUUGGAGCAAACCUUUAUUUGCCAGAUCUGUCUGCAAAUAAAAGUAUAAAGCAAAGUGAAGUGCUUAAACUUGUGGAAACUGCCAGAGCUCAGCCGAGGUGCUUGAUGUCACUGUCCAGGAUAACCAUCCGCAAAUACCUCAAAGAAGCAAGUGGACUGCAUUCCAUUGACCAGCUAGACAUACCACCAAUUCUAAAAAACUAUGUGAAACACCAUCUGAGUUGA